AGCAGCCAGAGGGCUUUCCGGAGUUGCUCUUUGCACCGUGCGUCGCGAUGAAGGACCAAAACUGCUCCGAAGAAGUGGCCAAGAUCCUCCAAGAGGCUCCCACCGCUCGGCAAGCGCUUCUGGACAACUACAACAACCUGCACAAUGUGGCCAAGUACUGCGAGGACAACUACUUUAAGGCCGGCGCUGAUACAUCUAAAGCUCUUGAGGAAACCAAGGCCUUCACCACUCAGUCUCUGGCUAGCUUGGCCUAUCAGAUCAGCAACCUAGCUACCAAUGUGCUCAAACUGCUGGACGCCCAGAGCUCGCAGCUCCGCCAGAUCGAGUCCUCCGUCAACCUGAUUGGACUGACGGUGGACAUGCACAGGGAGAAAGUGGCCCGCAGAGAGAUCGGCGUUUUUACCAUGGCGAAGAGAUACACGAGGAGCAACAAAAUCAUCCCACCAGCAGGGGGAAAAGAGCCCAAACCCAAAUACACCCGCACACCCAUCUCAUACACCGCACUGGACUCGCUCGGCCACGGCAUGAAGGACUCCAAGAAGCCACAGGAGAGAACGGCCACCAUGAAGCGCAAGCAGAGCGGCACUCUGGGUAGGAACAGUCGGCCUGCAGAGCCUAUACAGUGUCCAGUGGCGCCCACUUUGUCCCGGGGAGCAUCCCAGACUUCCCUUAGUGAUAAAUCUGCCACGUCCAGUUUCGGUAAAGCCGUACCACCCCCGGUGGUUCCCAACUGGCCUACGUCCCCCGAGGCUGAUAUCAUCACCAGUCUGCUGGACGAGGGACCCCCACCUCCUCCCCCGCCACUGGAGGGAGAGACACCGAGCGAGCCUGAGGCGUGCGCCCCUCCGCCCCCGCCGCCUCCAAUGGACUCAAGCGACCUCCUGCCACCCCCACCGCCGCCCCCAGCAGUGGAGACCCCCGACGUGAGCAACAUUCCCCCACCUCCGCCAGCCCCUCCACUGGAGACAGUCCCCGAGGAGAACAGUUUGCCUCCUCCAGUAUGUCCUGGUGAUCUUCUGCCUCCUCCGGACAGUGACGGCCUGCUCCUUCCUGCUCCUCCACCUCUACCUGGAGAGGAGAACGGAGAAGACCUGGAGAUUCCUGCCCCUCCGCCUCCUGUGCCCAUGGACUGCAUGGACGGCUUCGAUGACGUUCCUCCUCUGCCUCCGCCGGUGGACUACGACACCUCUGCACCUGCUGACUACCUGGAGAAAGUGGUGGCACUGUACAGCUAUGACACCGGCAAGUCAGGGGACUUGGCCUUCCAGACUGGCGACAUCAUCUACGUGACCAAGAAGAAUGAGGACGGCUGGUAUGAAGGGGUCCUGAACGGAGUGGAGGGAUAUUUCCCUGGAAACUACGUGCAGACCACCAGCUAAGUGACCACAUCAGCGUCCAUGGCCAUGCGGGGCUGCUGGAAGGAUAUUCAGUAAAUAGGGACAGUGCCAUAUGCACAAAAACCACAUUAUAGCGAAUAGUGUUACUUUUCAAGGACAUUUUUAUAGCAGAAGGAUGAUUCAGCAUUUAUAUAACAUUAUAUAGCCGUGCUGGGCAGUACUGAUAAAAUUCAGUAUCACCAUAUUUUCCAAAGUUAUGACAGUUUCACUGUAUUAGAUGAUAUUUAAUUAUGUAUAAAGUAAUACAGUAAAUGGGUCCAUGCUUUUGUGCUUGUUUCUAAUACAGUUACAUCGAAAUUACACAGUUUACUGAAAGGAAACUUACUGUAUCUUUAAUUUACAUGAUUUAAAUCUGUCCUUUAAUACAAUCUGAAACACACAGUCGAUGGCUUAUGUUAAAGUAAAUCGUCAGCAAACCUCAUGGCAUCACACACUCUCAGAAAAAAGGGUACUAAACUGUCACUGGGUCAGUCCCCCUCUUAUCACUGGGGUGGGACCCUCAACGGUUCAUCUCAGUACCUUCAGUCAGGGAACAUAA